UCCUGCUCAAACGGGGUGAAUUGGUGUUCUGCCUGUGCCUUGACUUAGCGAUUGGGCUGAGCCUUACUCCUCCCUUCCCUACUCGGAUAGGAGCCACAAGGAUCUGGAGCUCAAGCUUCCAAAUUGCAGCUGGCCUCGGGCCAGGUGACCUUUGCUUUCUCAUCGCAAUAAAAGCAGCUCAGAACCGACCGGCUUGCAACAGGAUUCUUUCAGCCCGGCAUCUCCUGCAGAGGGAUCAGCCUGCUCGAACUGCAAGCAUGAUGUGGGGGACCAAACUUCUGCCGGUCCUGUUGCUGCAGCAUGCCCUUCUGCACCUCCUCCUGCUUCCUGUCGCCAUCCCCUUUGCAGAAGGACAGAAGAAAAGAAGAAAUACACUCCAUGAAUUCAAAAAGUCAGCAAAAACUACUCUCAUCAAGAAUGACCCAUUAAUGAAGAUUAAAACAAAAAAGAUGAACUCUGCAGAUGAAUGUGCCAACAGAUGUAGCAGAAAUAAGGGCUUAUCAUUCAUUUGCAAGGCCUUUGUUUUUGAUAAGACAAAAAAACGAUGCUUCUGGUUCCCUUACAAUAGUAUGUCAACUGGAGUGAAAAAAGGGUUUGGCCAUGAAUUUGACCUCUAUGAAAACAAAGACUAUAUUAGAAAUUGCAUCAUUGGUAAAGGAGGCAGCUACAAGGGGACCGUAUCGAUCACUAAGAGUGGCAUCAAGUGCCAGCCGUGGAAUUCCAUGAUCCCCCAUGAGCACAGCUUUUUGCCUUCGAGCUAUCGCGGUAAAGACCUACAGGAAAACUACUGUCGAAAUCCUCGAGGGGAAGAAGGGGGACCCUGGUGUUUCACAAGCAAUCCAGAGGUACGCUACGAAGUCUGUGACAUUCCCCAGUGUUCAGAAGUUGAAUGCAUGACCUGCAAUGGUGAGAGUUACCGCGGUCCCAUGGACCACACAGAAUCAGGAAAGACUUGUCAGCGCUGGGACCAUCAGACACCACACCGGCACAAAUUCUUGCCAGAAAGAUAUCCCGACAAGGGCUUUGAUGAUAAUUAUUGCCGCAAUCCUGAUGGCAAGCCGAGGCCAUGGUGCUACACUCUUGACCCGAAUACCCCUUGGGAGUAUUGUGCAAUUAAAAUGUGUGCUCAUGGUGCUGUGAAUGACUCUGAUGUUCCUAUGGAAACCACUGAAUGCAUUCAAGGCCAAGGAGAAGGCUACAGGGGAACCAGCAAUACCAUUUGGAAUGGAAUUCCCUGUCAGCGCUGGGAUUCUCAGUACCCUCACAAGCAUGACAUCACUCCUGAGAACUUCAAGUGCAAGGACCUUAGAGAAAAUUAUUGCCGCAAUCCAGAUGGGGCUGAAUCACCGUGGUGUUUUACCACUGAUCCAAACAUCCGAGUUGGCUACUGCUCCCAAAUCCCCAAGUGUGACAUGUCAAGUGGACAAGAUUGUUACCGUGGCAAUGGGAAGAAUUACAUGGGAAACUUAUCCAAAACAAGGUCUGGACUCACAUGCUCCAUGUGGGACAAGAAUAUGGAAGACCUACACCGUCAUAUCUGGGAGCCAGAUGCUAGCAAGCUGAAUAAGAAUUAUUGCCGGAAUCCCGACGACGAUGCCCAUGGCCCUUGGUGCUACACGGGGAACCCUCUUAUUCCUUGGGAUUAUUGCCCUAUUUCCCGUUGUGAAGGAGAUACCACACCUACAAUUGUCAAUUUGGACCAUCCUGUAAUAUCCUGUGCCAAAACGAAGCAGCUACGGGUUGUAAAUGGCAUUCCAACACAAACAAAUGUAGGGUGGAUGGUUAGUUUGAAAUACAGAAAUAAACAUAUCUGUGGGGGAUCAUUGAUAAAGGAAAGCUGGGUUCUUACUGCAAGGCAAUGUUUUCCAGCUAGAAACAAAGACUUGAAAGACUAUGAAGCUUGGCUCGGAAUUCAUGAUGUUCAUGAAAGAGGCGAGGAGAAACGCAAACAGAUCCUCAACAUUUCCCAGCUGGUCUAUGGACCUGAAGGGUCAGACUUGGUUUUACUGAAGCUGGCUCGGCCUGCAAUCCUGGAUAACUUCGUCAGUACAAUUGACUUACCCAAUUAUGGCUGCACAAUCCCUGAAAAGACCACAUGCAGUGUUUACGGCUGGGGCUACACAGGAUUGAUCAACUCAGAUGGUUUAUUACGAGUAGCACAUCUGUACAUUAUGGGGAAUGAGAAAUGCAGUCAGCACCAUCAAGGGAAGGUGACCUUGAAUGAAUCUGAAUUAUGUGCUGGGGCUGAAAAGAUUGGAUCAGGACCAUGCGAGGGAGAUUACGGUGGCCCACUUGUUUGUGAACAACACAAAAUGAGAAUGGUUCUUGGUGUCAUUGUUCCUGGCCGUGGAUGUGCCAUUCCAAACCGUCCUGGUAUUUUUGUCCGAGUAGCAUAUUAUGCAAAGUGGAUACACAAAGUAAUUUUGACGUACAAGUUGUAAUAAUCGUAGAAGAAGCCAGUGUGUUUGAAGUACCCAUCAAUACAUGAGGAUUUCAGAGACUUCAGGAUUAAACUUUCAUCUAAAACAAUCCUAAAACAACUACUUGAGUGUUGUGAGUGUGCAGAUACUCAUUAAUAUAUGUGGGUGUUUUCUGUUGUUUGUUUUUCAGUGUUAAUUUGUAAAUGUUGAAGUGAAUUAAGGUACCUGCAAGUGUAGUAACAUAUCUCCUGAAGAUACUUGAAUGGAUUAAAAAAUGGAAACUCAUAGUUGCCAGAUGAUAAAAGAUUUAAAGGAAAAGGUUAAUUAGUCAUUCUGUGCUGCUUUCCAGGUUAAUAUCAUAAUAAUAAAUAAAUCAUAAGUUAAACAUUUUAACCCCAUCGAAACAAUUUAUACCUUGUAUUUUUAACUUGUAACCCUAUAUUAAAUUAUAUUAGACUUCAUAUUCCAUAUGUUAGAGUUCAUUCAUUUUUACAGCAUAUAUCCUGCAAUACUCACACAACCAUCCUUUUAUGAAAGCACAUGCCCGUAGCACAUGACUGAGUACUCAUGCACCGCAUAUUACAGUUUAAACUAUGAUGUAUUUAGUGUAAUCUCUAAAUAUUUUGGAUGUAUGUAUCUAUAGUUCUUCUAAACUUUAAAUUUUUUGAGAGAUAAGUGGGAAUAUUCAGGAAAUGUACAAGGUAUAAGUGACUGCCCCUUAUAUAUAUGGUAGAUGACCUCCACUGGACAGUGUUUAAAAUGAGGACAGUUCCCAUAGGAUAAAAUAAUGACUAGCCUUGAUGUUUAUUUAUAUUUAUUGUCCUAGUUAUGUUGUGUGUUUUCUAAUUCCUAAAAACCAGAAAAUAAUAUGUGUAUUUGUAUUAUUUCUUUCCUCCAAAUUUGGGCUACUUAUUUAUGCAGGAUUUUAGUAGAUCUAUUUUCCUAUAACAUUUAUUCAGUUUUCAAACCUGUGUCUUAAGAAAUUUAAAAGUGUCUCUGUUUUUAAAAAUGUACUUAUAUAAGUUUCUUUUAAAACUUGCUGCUGUGAUUGGCUUAUAGCUUAUUCUCCUUAAGUUAAAAAAAAUAACAAAAAUGAUUUAACAUAAAAAUGUCCAUGUCUGCAAAGCCUCCUACAUUAAGUUUUAUUUUGAAAUAUUUUGGACGGAAAAUAUGAAUAUACAUUUCUCAAUCUAGAAAGUCUUAGCCUGUGAGUAAUAGGAAAAAUAUGAAAGGAGGAACAAGAUCCUCUAUAUUUUCUGGUUCAAUUACCUUAAAAAAUAUAAGGCAGAGGCAGGCAGAUCUCUGUUUGUGCCGGUCUUAAGCAAAUCCAGUACAGCCAACUCACACAUAGAAACCCUGUCUUGAAAAACUAAUAUACAUAUAUAAUUGAUUCCAAAAAGUUGGGUAUGUUAUGAAGACAUUACCAUGUUAUCUCAUUUCUUUUAACAAAGCUCUUUCCUAGCAACAUGAAAUAUUCAUUUAAAUUUUGUAAUCUAUAUGAUAACAUUCAUAUUAUACUUAUUAUUCUAAUUGCUGUGACUAGUUAAGAGCUGUAUAUUUAUCCAAAAGUAGGAUAUUAAAAAGUAAUAAGGCAGCUUCUAAAUUCUCACAGCCUUUGUGUAUAAAUCAGAACAUUAAAAGUUAUUAUUUGAGCAUUUUUAAUCCAGGUUUCACAUUUUUCAGAUUGGAUUCUCUUAAAUUAUCUACAGGCUGAAGGUCCAAACAGUGCCCCAAUGCAUGUUCCUCUCCAUUCCCAGGGAAGAAAUCCAGAAAUUCUCAAACAAGCUAUGACAUGUGUGUGUGUCAUAUAUAUACAUACACAUACGUGUGCAUAUAUAUUUCCGAUCAUGUAGGUACUGUGUCGAGAAACAGUGGAUGUGGGGAGACCCAGUGAAUUGCCAGUCCAUAUCAUUUUACAGUCACUAAACUUUUCUUUCCCUUUUGUAACUCAUCAUUUAAAAAAGACAGAAAUUUCAAAGAUAUAUUAGUAAGAUAUUAGAGUACAUACUUUUCAUACCUCCUUCCUGGGUUGUCUAAAUUUCAGUGCUAUGUGUAAAUUAUACUGACAGAGCUAUUAUGAUAAAUGCAAUAUCUUAACAUACUGACAUUUUACAAUACUUAUUUACUUAUUUUGGUGUAUUUUUCUAAGUACCCAUGAAAAGAAAAAAAAAAAAAAAGAAAUUACCUAGAAACAAUAUGCAGUCAAGUUUUCAGAUACAAUAAAAUCAGUGUUUCUGAAUUUUUUUAAGGUAAACAAUUGUCAAAUGUCAAUGAACCAAACAUGACUCAUAGAGCAACUCUUCCCAUGGGCUUUCCUUUGCAAUGGGGGAAAGUCGAUAGUGUUGAUGGUGAACAAGAUUAGGGGAAAGUAUUUUCAUCUUGUAAGCAUCACUAUGUAUUGGAUGGUUAUCUAUGAAUAAAGUUCAAAGUAAAAAGAGAAAAAAAAUUCAGCUUAUCUAGAAAUCUAUAUUAUAUUGUGUCAUGGACAAGAGGGCCUUUUAAAUUAUGAGCUUUCAAGGCUGGUUUUGCUUUGACCAAGUAACAGUUACACACUGUUAUAAUUGUAGACAUUUUCGUAUGUCUGCAGGAAUAAAACUAAAAUAUUAGUCAUAUGCCUCUGCUGUGCAGAGGGAUGAUAUUCCUUUUGUAUAUUUCUUUAAUGUUAUUGUAAAAUGUAAAGCAACUUUUACCUACGUACUGUGGGCAGGUCCUCAGUAUAAUGGUCUAUAGUGAGUCAGUCUCUAGUAUUAACAGGGCUCUUGCUUGCUGUCUAAGUGUUUCAAGCUACAUGAAUGUGAAACACUGGAAGGCAAGAAAAAUAACAAUAAUGGCAUGUGUUAGCAAAACUGUAUUUUACUUAUUCCUGUGGAUAUUUCUUGCUGGUACCAAUGGUACUGUACAGAGUGAAUGUUCCAGCUACAACAUCCCCUGAAAAGAGCACUGUCAAGAAUUAGGAGUCGCGGUCAGGCAUUUUCUUGUUUCUAAAAAAAAUUUUUUUUCACAAAACAAAUGCUAGCUUUGUAAGUUAUAGGACAUGAAGUAGAAAAAGUCAAUACUAUCUCAUGUUAAGAAAAAGCAAACCUUAAGUUGAUUUACUGAAGUACAAAAAUAACUACUUCCACUCACUGUGUGUAUCCAACCACGCAUUUUCAUUUAUAGAAAUCUCUUUUUUUUUUUUUUUUUUUUUAAAAAAAAAGGGAUUUGGGUAAGAUCCAUAUCUGCCUCUUCCUAAUAAAUUAUUUGCAGUGAAUUACUCUUCAAAUUAAGUCCGAGGAAGAAUGUAUCUUUCAAAAUUCAACUGAAGUUUGUACCAAGAGUCUAUUAAUACAAACGAACGAACAAACCAAACCAGAACAAACGGCAAGUUCCCCCAGACCCUUACCUCUUGACAGUGCCGCUUUCCCAUAGGUUCAUUUCUGUUUGCACAGAAGGGCUUCUGUCUUUUGGAAGCCAAAGCCGAAUACUGUGGAUAUUGCAACUUGUCAGCCUGUGUAAACAGGACAAUGAUAAGCUGCCAAAUGAGUGGGAUAGCUGCAUGCUUACCCCCCAAAGGGAACACUGUGGUAAUGACUUGUAUUAUAAAUUCUCUGUAGUUAAUAAAGUUGUUAUUUUUAUAACCGUGAUUAUAUUAUUAUUCUUAAUAAUAAUAAAAUAUUUUACCAAAACA